AUGAGUGGUCGACGUGCGCCUCCUGCACCGCGUCCAUACGCAGAUGCACCACGAUCGUACCGCGACGAACCGAGCUCAUCGCGCAGACGACGAAGUCCAAGCCCGCCCCGCUCGCGCCACGAUGAGCGCGAUUGGCGACGAGACGACCGCGAUGAUCGUGACUGGAGACGAGACGAUCGUGACGACUACCGCGUGCGAAAUCGCGACGCUGAUCGAUACCGCCACGACGAUCGACCUCGUGUACGCGACCGCGAUGAUCCCCGACACGAACCCCCACGUCCACGUCCCGCCGCGUACAACGACGAGCGAGAUCGUAAAGUGCGCGACCCACCAUCGACCAGCCGCAGAAGCUAUUCUCCACCCCCGCAACCUCCACACCUACCAGAGACAAGCGAACCAAGGGAAAAGGAGAGCAAUGGUGAAGGUAAAGGUGAGGAUGAAGGGGAUGUGGAUGCGGAUGCGGAUGCGGAUGCAAUGGCGGCAAUGAUGGGCUUUGGUGGAUUCGGCACCACCAAGGGCAAGAAAGUCGACGGCAACGCCGCUGGUGCAGCCCAGGUGAAGAAGGAACGCACCUGGAGACAGUACAUGAACCGAAAGGGCGGCUUCAACCGUCCACUCGACAAGAUCAAAUGA